CAUAUUCGAAGAAAAUCAUAGAUUUUUAUUAUUUCAUCAUUUUUUAUGGUUAUCGAAAAUUUCUAUUCAACAGAUUCGGUAUUUAUUAUCCAGUUAUAAUAAUGGGUGGAUUUACACAGCGUCAAUGGGUGCCAACAAAACGGCGAGGACCAAUUGCUGCGGAGAGUUCAUCACCAGGACCAGCAUUUAUUGCUUUACCAUCAUUAAUUGGCACAACAAGGCUUCCUAUAUCAAAACUUAAUCGAGCACCUGCAUUUUCAUUUGGUAAUCGUCAUUCAGAAAAAUACGAUACAACUGGACCUGGACCAUCAAAAUAUGAUGUGACUGGCUUAAGUGCAAAGGGAAAAGCAACGGCGCCAGCAUUAAGUAUUCAUUGUCGUAAUAAAGAAAAGAGCAGCUUUACAACACCAGCACCUGGUGAUUAUAUGCCAGAAAAUUCGGAAAAAAAAUUGGAUUCAUCACCAAAAUAUUCAAUUGGUUUACGACCAUCGAUAGGCAAACAUGGUAAUACUCCUGGGCCAAAUUUAUAUACAAUUCCAUCAACAAUUGGUAGAUGCAAGGAAGGAAAUAAACGGGCAGCUCCAUCUUAUACAAUAACUGGAAGAUAUAAAGAUGUAACCGAUGAACGGGUGAAGAAUCCUAACCCAACUAAAUAUUCUCCCAAAGAUAAUUUUGUAAAACAACGUGCUCCUGCAUUUACAAUGAGUAAACGUUAUGAACUACCUAAAGAUAUAUCAAGAAAACCUGGGCCUGGUGACUAUGCUCCAGAAAACGUUUACCUCAAUAAACCCUACUAUCCAGAUUUUUCCUUUGGUAUUCGCCAUUCUAAUCACAGAGCCAUUUUCCCAUUUCAUCCUGUCCCAGAAAGCGUUGAAUGUUGUGAUGGGUUAUCCUUCAGUGCAUAGUUCUGGAAUAAAACACUCACCACACUCGUAGAAUUCACC